ACUUAAUUAGUGUUCUUAACUUUUUUCAAAAUGUCUCUCUAUCACACUCUUUGCUUUCUUCUCAUCCUCUCUCUCUGCCAUGGUUCUCACAGCAUCCCACAACGUCGGGCUCCUCAUCUCGAUGGGAUUCUCCCAAAUGGCAACUUUGAGCACAUCCCUCUCAAAUCACACAUGAAGGGACGACAAAUAAUCGGCGCAAACUCUCUCCCUCACUGGGAAAUCUCCGGUUACGUGGAGCUAGUCUCCGGUGGUCCUCAGCCGGGAGGUUUCUAUUUUCCUGUUCCACGUGGGGUCCAUGCUGUUAGACUAGGAAGCUUAGCUUCCAUCUCUCAAGAAGUUAAAGUGAAUCCUGGUUUUGUCUACUCAAUAACAUUUGGAGCCACGAGGAGUUGCGCUCAGGACGAGAACAUCAAAGUCUCUGUGCCUGGUCAAGCUGACGAGCUUCCCAUCCAGACAGUCUUUAGCUCAGAUGGUGGCGACACUUACGCUUGGGCGUUCAAAGCAAUGUCUGAUGUGGUUAAAAUCACUUUCCAUAACCCUGGUGUUCAAAAGGACCGUACGUGUGGACCCCUCGUAGAUGUUGUCGCUAUCAAAGAGAUUCUUCCUCUCGGGUACAAUCGAGGAGGAAACUUAGUGAAAAACGGAGGAUUCGAGAUCGGUCCACACGUGUUUGCUAACUACUCUACUGGAAUCUUGAUUCCAUCAAGAAUCCAAGACGUCAUAUCUCCACUUCCUGGAUGGAUCGUUGAGUCCCUGAAACCAGUGAAAUAUAUCGACAACCGUCAUUUCAAGGUUCCCUCUGGACUCGCCGCAGUAGAGUUAGUUGCCGGAAGAGAAAGCGCAAUCGCUCAGAUCAUUCGUACCAUCGCCGGGAAGGCAUACAUGCUCUCUUUCACUGUGGGAGAUGCACAAAACGGCUGCCACGGGUCAAUGACGGUGGAAGCGUUUGCGGGAAAGGAACCGUUUAAGCUUUCUUUCGUGUCCGAAGGUAAGGGAGUUUUCAAAACCGAACAUUUUAGGUUCGUUGCAGAUUCAGACCGUACUAGGUUAACAUUCUAUAGUGCAUUUUAUCAUACUAAGCUUCAUGACUUUGGCCAUCUCUGUGGACCUGUUCUUGAUAGUGUUGUUGUACUCCCGGCCCAUUAACAAUUUGUGGUUCUUGAUCUUAUUCAUACUCAGAUGUUACAAAAAUUGAUGAAUAAAAUACAAUAUAUUGUAAGGAAUUUUUGUUGGACUCUUUUUGUUGUUGGCAAUGCA